GCAAGCAAAAGGCGGGCAAGACUUAGCGACCCAAACAGAGGCGAAUCUCGAUUGAUAUCUAGGCUCGGCGCUCGCUAUAAAUAUUGAUGGCGUGGUCCGUAUUAUCAUUUUCAAAUCCCCAAGCUUCCGCUGAUCGAUUUCUGGAAGGCGGUCCAUAUACUGCUCGUUAAAGAACACACGACAAUGUCGAAGUUUGCGUCCGUGCGGCGUAUGUAUGCGUGUCGCUGUGAUUAAGGGUCAUUGUCUACA